CAGCGUCAAGGUUUAGAAAAAAAGCCGCCUUCAUUCUGAGACCAGGCAAAGCACAAGCUGCAGGCAGAAGACGUAAUCAUUAAGCGCACUUAUUUUUUAAGUUUUAUUUUUUUGUGGGUGGGUAAAGAUUCUAUGUAUGUAUGUGAUCUGCUUUACAAGUCGGAUUCUGUUUUUUAAUGAAAAUAUUUUAUUCACUCAUAAUUCUUAAAAUUUAACACCCCGAAAAAAUGGUUCUACGCGUUUUGUUUCGUGCUGUCAUCAUGGGACCCCCAGGCUCCGGAAAAGGCACAAUAUCGGACCGUAUAAGUAAAAGUUUUGGAUUAAAACAUCUUUCCAGCGGAGACGUUUUGAGAGCCAAUAUUAAAGCCAAAACCGAAAUAGGGCUCCUGAUGAAGUCCUGCAUUGAUCAGGGCCAGCUGGUUCCUGAUGAUGUCAUUUCAAGGUUAAUACUGCAAGAGCUGAAGACCAUGGAGCAACACAACUGGCUGCUUGAUGGGUUCCCUCGCACUGUGACGCAGGCAGAGUCUUUGGACAGCGCCUACCACAUAGAUACUGUUAUCAACCUUGAUGUGCCUUUUGAGACCAUUAAGGAACGCCUAACCUCACGGUGGAUCCAUCCGGCCAGUGGAAGAGUCUACAACACCAACUUCAAUCCUCCAAAAAUUCCUGGUCUGGAUGAUGUCACGGGUGAGCCUCUGACACAGAGGAAUGACGACACACCUGAAACAGUCACCAAGAGACUAAAGGCAUAUGAAACGCAAACUCAGCCAGUCCUCGACUACUACAGAAACAAGGGUAUAUUGGAGACCUUUUCAGGAACAGAAACCAAUAAGAUAUGGCCACACGUCCAUGCUUUCCUGUCGAAAAAAGUCUCGGAUGGGGGUGGUAUGGCUUCUGGGAAGGCAUGCCAAUGAACAUGUUUAAAGGGAAUAAUGGCUUCACUUAAGAGGAGUCCACCUCUAGCAUGGGGCCAAGUUCUCACUCCUGUGUGCUGCCAAUUAUAGCAUUACUUUUUGCUUCAGAAAAAAAAAACCUCUUUGAUCAAAAUAUAUAUCACAGUGUUCUUAAUUUUAUUUUUAAUAACUCCGGAAUAUUUCACUGAUAUAAUAAUAUUUUUGUGUUGUUUUGCAAUGUGGACAAACUCGAGUGAUCAUAUAGUCUUAAAGGUAUCCUGCCUGAGAUCUGCACAAUCCAGUGAAAGGAAUGCCAUUGUACAAAUGUACUGUAGCUUGUAUUAAAUUCUAAUGAAUUAGUAGUAAGGAAGAGGUGACUUACAAAUGAAUGGAGUCUUUAUUAUGAUUUUUCCCUUUAGUUUGCAUACAAGUGUAUGCCUGUCUUCCACUAUAGAAUGUUUUACAGUAAAUAGGGACAUGCAGAUAAUAAAUCUGGACUCCAAAUAUGAUAACACAUAUGAUAUAAUGUAGCACAGUUGAUCCUGUCAUGCAUUCCAUUUUAUUAAUGAAAAGCUUUGGUUUACGGUAAAAUUAUUAUGUACCUUUUGAGACAAAAUGAUUGUACUGGUUGUAAUAGUCAUACUCGAGGGAAUCUGACCGUCUUUAAUAGUUUCGUACUUUCAAGUUUCAGCCUUUUGUAAUUGCCUUCAGUUGUUUGCAGUAGUUUUAAAACAAUAGAUUUGCUAUUUGUAGAUAAGCUUUAAUGAACUUCCUUUAAGAGUCAUAACUUAAAUACUCAGUACUGAUUGUUCCUAUGGCAUUUCCCAUUGCCCAUGUCUUUUGUUACUGUGUCCUUUUUCUACAGCAAACAAGUCUAAUAGCCUGGUGGUGGGUUACAGUCAGGCAGUAUAUCUUGGUGUACAAUAUAUAUUUUUACAGUACCUAAUCUAUUAAAGUGUCACAACAGAUAAAAAUGUGUGUUGGGUGUUUAAUGCAAGAUUUGUAUAAAAUAAUCGAGUUGGAUGAGACUGAAAAAGAAAAUAUAUAUUUUUUAUGAGUUUUUGA